AUGCGUUUUCUUUCUAUCAAUGCUUUUGACUACAACUGUCACUUGGACCUGAUAAAACUGCUCCGCCAGGAGGGAGAGCUGGUAAAGCUCAGAAGAGCCCGUCAGAAGAUGAGUGAACUCUUCCCACUCACUGAAGAGAUUUGGCUGGACUGGCUGAAGGAUGAGAUAAAAAUGGCUUCUGAAAGCUCCGAGCGGGAGAAAGUUUAUGAGCUAUUUGAGAGAGCUGUGAAGGACUACAUCUGUCCGGAAAUCUGGCUGGAAUACGCGCAGUACUCGAUCGGAGGCAUCGGGCAGGAGGGCGGCGUGGAGCGCGUGCGCGCCGUGUUCGAGCGCGCGCUCACGGCCGUGGGGCUGCACGUGACCAAGGGCACGGCGCUGUGGGAGGCGUACCGCGAGUUCGAGAACGCCAUCCUGGAGACGGCCCAGGUAGGUGGCCCCACAAGUGCCACAACAACCCCCGGUACCCCCGAUCAAGCCGGCAGUCGGAGCAGCCAACUCGAGAAGAUCCACACGCUGUUCCGGCGCCAGCUGGGCAUCCCGCUCCUGGAUAUGGAAGCUUCAUAUGCUGAAUAUGAGGAAUGGUCAGAAGAUCCAAUACCAGAAACAAUAAUAAAGAACUACAAAAAGGCUCUGCAGCAACUGGAGAAGUAUAAACCGUAUGAAGAGGCACUGCUGAGUGCUGAAACACCAAAGCUGGCAGAAUAUCAAGCCUAUAUUGAUUUUGAAAUGAAAGCAGGUGAUCCAGCUCGCAUUCAGUUGAUCUAUGAGAGGGCUUUGGCGGAGAACUGCCUUGUGCCAGAUCUUUGGGCACGCUACAAUCAGUAUUUGGACCGGCAGCUGAAGGUGAAGGAGCUGGUGUUAUCCGCUCACGACCGUGCCGUGAGGAACUGCCCCUGGACAGUCGGCCUGUGGAUUCGGUAUCUCUUGGCAAUGGAAAGGCACAGCGUUGAUCACAGCACAGUUUCUGAAGUUUUUGAAAAGGCUCUGAACGCAGGUUUUAUUCAGGCAACGGACUAUGUGGAAAUCUGGCAGGCCUAUCUUGAUUACUUAAGAAGAAGGGUGGAUUUUACACAAGACUCAAGUAAAGAACUGGAAGAGUUGAGGUCUGCAUUUGCACGUGCUGUGGAGUAUUUGAAACAAGAAGUAGAAGAACGUUUCAGUGAGAGUGGGGAUCCAUCCUGCACCAUCAUGCAGAACUGGGCGAGAGUUGAGGCCCGCUUAUGUAACAACAUGCAGAAGGCCAGAGAACUUUGGGACAACAUUAUGACUAAAGGGAAUGCCAAAUACGCCAAUAUGUGGCUGGAGUAUUACAACCUUGAAAGGGCUCAUGGUGACACUCAGCACUGUCGGAAGGCCUUGCAUCGAGCUGUGCAGUGCACAAGUGACUACCCGGAGCACGUCUGCGAGGUGCUGCUCACCCUGGAGAGGAUAGAAGGAACACUGGAAGACUGGGAUGCAGCUGUUCAAAAAACAGAGAACAGAUUAGCUCGAGUUAAUGAACAAAGAGCAAAGGCUGCUGAGAAAGAAGCUGCUUUGGCAAAGCUGGAGGAGGAGAAAGCUGAGCAACGAAAGCAGUCUCGGGCUGAGAAAAAAGCUUCCAAAAAGGCAAAGAAAAACCGUCCUGGAGAUAAGCGCAAAGCAGAGGAUGAUGAUGAGGGAGAAUGGGGGCAAGAAGAGGAAGCAGAGCAACCCAGCAAGAGACAUAGGGGGGAUGGGGACGUUUUACCUGCCGAGGAAGAAAUGGAGGUGGAAACUGGCCUGUUUGGAAGGAGCGCGCCCGAAAAGCCCGAUCACCCCCCAAACCCGAAGGAAAAGGCGUCCACCAGUCGCAAAGAUAUUCCCAAAGUUCUCCACGACAGCAGCAAGGACAACGUCACGGUGUUUGUCAGCAACCUGUCCUACAGCAUGGCAGAGCCGCAGCUGAAGCUGCGGGGGCUCUUCGAGGGCUGCGGGGAGGUGGCAGAAGUGCGGCCCGUGUUCAGCAACAAGGGGACGUUCCGGGGCUACUGCUACGUGGAAUUCAAGGAGGAAAAAUCAGCCCUCCAGGCCCUCGGGUUGGAUCGCAAAGUCGUGGAGGGAAGACCCAUGUUUGUUUCUCCGUGUAUUGACAAGAACAAGAAUCCAGACUUCAAGUGUUCAGAUAAUAGCACUACACUGGAGAAACACAAACUGUUUAUAUCUGGUUUGCCAUUUUCUUGCACUAAGGAAGAGCUGGAAGAUGUGUGCAAAGCACAUGGAAAUGUGAAAGACAUCAGGUUGGUCACCAACCGAGCUGGAAGAAAGCCCAAGGGCCUGGCCUACGUGGAAUACGAAAACGAAGCGCAGGCCUCGCAGGCCGUGCUCAAGCUGGACGGCCUGAGCAUUAAGGAGCACGUCAUCAAGGUGGCCAUCAGCAACCCGCCCCUGCGGAGGCAGCCGGACAAGGCUGACGCCGGCCGCGCCGCCCCGUUCGCCGCCCCGCGCCAGCUUUACGGAGCGCGCGGCAAGGGAAGGACGCAGCUCUCCAUGAUGCCCCGCGCGUUGCAGCGCCAGAACCAGCCCGUGGCUAAGGCUGAGAACGGGAUGGUCCAGAAUUCACCAGCAGCUUCAUCCGAGCCCCCCGAGGAGCCCAGGAAGAUGUCCAACGCCGACUUUGCCAGGAUGCUACUGAAGGAGUGAGCAAACGGGCUGCAAGCAGCUGGGCUGGUAAAAUGUGAAAUGCCUUUUUGGAAGCCAUGUUGUGUCCUUACUUGUGCUAGCAAGGGGAGAGCGCCAGUCACAAUCAUGUAUAAAUACAGUUCCGGACUACUACAUUCAUGGAGAUCAGUGUAGAAUGGUACAAAUCCCUUUUUUUUUUUUUUUCUCUGUUUCUAAGAGCAAAGAGUUAUACUAUGUUCCGGUAAAAUGGCUUUAAAUGAUCCCUCAUAUUGAGGGUAACGAGGGAGGAAAUAUUUCCUUGACAGGGUGGAUGUCACACGGGACUUUACAAAUACUUCAUGAAUAUUUUUCUUUCAUUAAAGAAUGAGAUGCUACGUGAAAGCCUAGUGAGGAGCUCGCUGCGCUGGUCGGAAGUUCAGAUUGUGAUUGAAGUCCUUCUCUCUGA